AGGGGACACAGGGGGAGAUGGGUGAGGUCGCUGCCCAGACGUGCACAUCCACUUCAUCAACCACAAGUGUCAUGGCGUACGGGUGCGAUUUGACACGAGUGUUUACUUACGAGGGGAGCGAAACGGAUAUCUACAUCAACUACGUGACGUUGGUGCUAACGCUCAUCACUCUGAUACUGUGCACGCGGAAAGCGGGGGAGCGAGCUUCAAGGUAUCCCCGCUACGCGGCAUGGUUCUGGGUACCGUUCACCUCGGUCCUAUUCGCCAUGCAGCUCUUCGCCGACUGCAGCACGAACAACGUCGGGAUUAGCGCUGUGUGGAGCGCGUACGCGGGAUUCGUCUUUCUGGCCUGGUGGCGCAUUCAGCACAUCCGCGCAGAGAAUGCUGCGGUGUCAGCAUUGGCGUAUGCCACCCCCGUCUCGCUGGCGAUGUGGACCGGCGUCUGUGUGUACUACGCUAUCGUCGAGGAGGCCAUGACCACCGUGGCGCACCUGGUAGCGUUCGGUGUGGGCGCUGGAGCUCUCUUGCUUUUUGAAGCCCUCCAUAAAAUCUCAUCGCAAGACUCGUACGAGAUGAUGGAAGACAAAUGAGUUCCUGACCAGUAGUCGAAAAUGGGAGUAGCUAUUACAAUAACCACGCAAUAGACCUCCCGUGCUCGGAGACGAUUGACUGCUGGUAGUCCAUGGAACGCACAGCGUGGCGACGUGUUUCGGCGCUGUUUUCAAGACGUUCAGAGGGGGUGAGGGGUGCAAACGAUUGCAGGUUACGCCGGUCAAGUUUUGCAACGGGAACCAACCGUUAGUAUGCGAGAGGCUGUUUGUGGUACGUGUGCUGGUGGAGAUCCCCUUCAUACAGGGUCACAUCUUCCAACGUUUGCCAGUUUCAGGACGAUUCCCUCUCUUCACGUGUAGUGCUAUACAUGUUCGCUGCUGCUGUACAGAAGGUAAACACGACGUUUGCUUGAAACGCAUAAGCUUGUUGCACCACGUGUAGGGUCGUUACUGCACAUGGCCUGUUUU